AUGGCGUCUGCACGAGGCGAUGAUGCUGGGUUCGGGCAGUCAUCGGCUCCCCAGAAGAAGAUCAAAAGUAAACCCUCAGCAGACAACUUAGUUGAACAAAUGGAGAGGGUAACAAUAACAGAGGGGCUUCAUCCUCCUUGCCGCCCUGAUAACGGAGGAACUGUCGGAGACACUGUCUUAAUAAGGCUUAAUUGCUGGGAUAUGACGAUUGCGGAUCGCACCGUUCUGAUGUAUGACAUCGAGGCUCUUGGAGUUUAUCGGAUGAAGGACAACGAGAAAGUUGAGGUUCGGCUACUUCCAAAGGAUAUGCGCGCGCUUGUAAAGCAUAUCGUGAAAAGGUAUGCUUCGCUUUUUAUGUUGAAUUAUAUAUCCGAUGUUCGUAAUAAUUUACUUAAUGUGAUGCCCUUUAGAAUGCCAUCUGACACCGUUUACGACGGAGGACGGAUUGUUUACACACUGGACAAGUUAGCCGGUGUAAAUGAGAUGGGAAUACAAAAGGAAGAACCCGUUCCCGACCCGACGGAUCGGGACGAACUAGUACUCAAGUAUCGUAUAAAAUUAGUCCAGGAAACAUCCACGGGUGAUCUCGCACGUUACGUCGAAAAUCCAAGGGCUUCCACUUUGGCGAUGCCACAGGAAAGCAUUCGCAUGAUCGACUGCAUCUUUAAGUCUAUAAACGAAGACAAAUUUGUAUCGUCCGGAAGAGCUGCAAUCUUCUACCCUACACCCAUAAAACGACUUGCCGACAAACUGUUCGACAUACACAUGGGCUUCAUAACCAGCGUUCGUCCCCAGUGGAAGGUUCGCGUCAAUGUUGACAUGACAUGCAAGGCGUUCUUCCCUCCCGGAAACCUCGCGGACGUCUUAUAUGCGAAAUAUGGAGACGAUAUCGAGAACCCCGCUUGUUGGAACUCGGUACUGGCUGACAUCAAGAGGCUACGUGUUGAAGCGAAGUUUUACAAAAAUGAGGACGGAAAAUCGUUCUCUCGCCGUUUUACGGUGUUCAGCCUCUCCACCACUUCAGCGCAAAGGCUGAUAAUCGAAGACAAAAACCAGUCUGUUUUCGAAUACUUUAAAGAACAUCACAAAAUAACGCUCGAGUACCCCGGUCUUCCCUGUGUUUCUAACAAGAGAGAUGUGUUCAUCCCAAUGGAGUUGCUGCACGUAUUGCCAUAUCAAAACCCGACUGCACGUAAGGCUGAUGUCGCCAGUGAAAUCAUUCGAUGUGCCGCCGUUAAACCGCAAGAACGAUUUAGGGAACUCGAUCGUUACGUGAGUGAAUUCAUGCGAAAUCAACAUGCGCUAUUGAAACGCUACGAUAUAAAUGUUCAAACCCAGCGUGGAACCGUCAGUGCUCGUGUUCUUCCUCAGCCAUGGGCCUCUUUCGGGAGCAGAGAUGUAGAGCUCGGACGUGGGAAGUGGUUGUUUAACACUUUUCUGCAACCAGCGACUGCUGAGCCACUGAAAUGGGCUGUUGUGAACAUUCCACCACAUAACGCUGCCCAACGAAACCAAGCCACACUGGUCCAGCGACUCCCUCAAGCUGCAACGCAAUUUGGUUUCCGAUUUGAUCCGCGACCCUUCUGUAAGACCAUAACUCCGAGCGAACUAGAGAAUUUGAUGCGCCAGCUCCAAUCACAACGCGUCACGCUUGUUGUCCUUGUUCUUUAUGACAACUUUACUUAUGGGUCGAUCAAAGUGCUGAGCGACAUCAAGCUUGGAAUUCGUACUCAAUGUGUAAAGGGGGUGACACUAACAAAACCCAACGUUUUCCCCAACUUGAUGUUGAAGAUAAAUGGAAAGCUUGGUGGGAUAAAUUGGAGUGUUUCAAACUACCCCAUAAAAGAAUCAGUAAUGGUUUUCGGCGCUGAUGUUACGCAUCCUGCGCCCACGCAAAACGAUGAACUCCGGAAAUCGGUAGCGGCGGUCCUGGGAAGCAUCACACCGGACUUGAUGCGGUAUGCUGCCGUUGUUCGAAGACAGGAUACUACAGAGAGGGGUAAUAAGACCACGCGGGAGAUAAUAGACAAUAUGGAAGAGAUUGUUUCGGACUUGCUAAAGGCAUACUUCGUAAACAAUAAUGACCGUUUCCCGGACAGACUAAUUUUCUACCGUGACGGAGUAUCUGAAGGACAAUUCGACACUGUGCUAACUGGCGAACUGCCUGCCAUACAAAAAGCUUGCGCUGGUCUUCGGGCCGGCUAUGAGCCGGCCAUAACCUAUAUUGUUGUGCAGAAGAGGCACCACAUCAGGUUUGAGCCGCUGGACCCGAGGGCCAAAAAUGUUGCGCCAGGAACAGUCGUAGAUACUGUUAUCACACAUAGACGAGAAUUCGAUUUUUAUCUGUGCUCGCAGGAGGGAAUUCAGGGCACUUCAAAGCCUGCGCAUUAUCACGUCCUUUACGACGAUAGCAACUGGACCUCCGAUGCGCUUCAAAUGUUCACUUAUUUCCUGUGCCAUGCUUACAUGCGUUGCCCAAGAAGCGUUUCCUAUCCGGCUCCAACUUAUUACUCGCACUUAGCCGCCUUCCGUGCACGAGAUUGGCUAGCGGCCGAAAUCGAAGUGCCGGAGAAUUUCAUUAGCAAAAAUCGAUUCAAGGUUCACGACUCGCAGUUUACAGGAAUGUUUUUCCUAUAG